AUGAAGGAGGCAGCCAGGGCGCCCAGCCAGGACGGCUUGAUCCUGAAGCCCCGCUUCCGCAAGGAUUUUCAGUGGCCGUUCAACCAGCCGGCACUCAAGAUCCGCCUACACAAGGCCCGGCAGGCGCCACACUGCCCCUCAUCUGGUCCCAUCAGGCCCAUAGUGAGGUGCCCUGCAGGUAGACACCAUGCUGAGGUCCGAGCUGGUGAGCUGGCAGGGGCUCCAGCGUGGGUGGAAGAACUUCGUAAGACUUCUGCUCCAAAGAAAGGAGAUAGUUCUGCUGAAGAGCUUAACUUGCCCACCCAGCUAACAGGACCUGUGAUGCCCAUCCGGAAUGUCCACAAAAAGGAGAAAGCCAGAGUCACCACAGAAGAAGAGAAGAACUUCAAGGCUUUUGCCAGUCUUCGCAUGGCCUGGGCCAAUGUCCAGCUCUUUGGCAUCCAAGCAAAAAGAUCAGAGGAAGGUGCAGAGCAAGAUGGACAACCAGAUGCCCACUUCUUCCUGUGCCACCAGCAGCCCACAGCAUGCCUAGGGGAGGCCCACAGCCCUACAGCCUGUCGGUUGGAGGGACAGGUCUGUUCCUUCCACCAGCAGCCACACCUCACCUUCUGA